GCCAACUAAAACUGCUCUCAGCCUCAGCGCUGCGGUGCAAUGAUCUGCUUUCACAAAGGCGCCAACAUACAAACAAUUCUGAUACUUAUUUAAUAUGUAACGCCCACUUGUCCAAAUACCUAUCUACCUGCCUGCCUGUCAUGUCAUGCGCCUCUAACCACCUCUAACUCAGUCAGCAAUCAUUUGUAACUACAACCUGAUCGCCUCAUACCGGAACGCCUCAGAUAAACGCACUCAUAAAUAUUGGCUGCACAUUAACAUGAUUCAAAAUUAUUCCGCAAACACUGGCCAUUUCAGGAAAUUUAGAAUUACUUCUCCGCAAAAUGUCAGCAACAGAAGCGAAACCGAAGCUAGUGGCCGUAGAGGAGUCUCGCCGUUUUAUGAUUGAUUGCUUUCGUGCCGUCAAUGUUCCAGAUGAGAAUGCUAAGGCGAUGGCCGAUUUGCUUGUAGCAGCUGACCAUCGUGGUCACUUCAGUCAUGGCAUGAAUCGCCUGGAAAUGUACAUAAAUGAUUUGGCUAUAAACUCAACAGAUGGCGCUGCUAUACCUAAAAUAUUGAAAGAAACACCUUCAACUGCUUGGGUUGAUGGCCGCAAUGGUUUAGGUGCUGUAGUAGGCAAUUUCUGUAUGGAUUUGGCUAUUAAAAAAGCUAAAGCUGUAGGCGUAGGUUGGGUCUGUGCAAAGGGUUCUAAUCACUAUGGCAUGGCUGGUUGGUAUGCUAUGCGUGCUAUGGAUAAUGGACUUGUUGGAAUGUCUAUGACCAAUACGUCGCCUUUGAUGGCGCCAACGCGUUCGAAAGAAGCUGCACUUGGUACAAAUCCACUUGCCCUUGGCGCACCUGGUAAAGAUGAUAAAUUUCUUUUGGAUAUGGCCACUACUGCAGUUGCAGUAGGUAAGAUUGAGAUACAGCGUCGCAAAGCUGAACCAUUGCCCGAUGGUUGGGCACAAGAUCCACAUGGUAAUGUAACUACCGAUCCCGAAUUGGCUUUUGCCACUGGCUGUCUUAUGCCACUUGGCGGGGCGGAAAUAAAUUCUGGCUAUAAAGGUUAUGGUUUAGGUGCUAUGGUCGAAGUAAUGUGUGGUGUAAUGGCAGGGUCUAACUACUCCACAAAAGUACGUAAAUGGACGCAUGCGGGCGCUAAUACGGCAGCCGAUUUGGGUCAAGUUUUCAUAGCUGUAGAUCCAAAUUGCUUUGCGCCCGGAUUUGAAGAACGUGUCACUGAUCUCAAUUCACGUUUAAGAAACUGUGAACCGACUGAUUCAUCAAAACCAGUGCUUGUCGCUGGUGAUAAAGAGAGCCUGAAUAUGCAAUCUGUGGAUGCUGCAGGAGGCAUUAAAUAUCUGGAAAAUCAAUUAAAAACUUGUGAAGCUCUAGCCCAACGAUUACAUAUCAAACCAAUGAAUUUCAUUUAAGUAAAAUAUUUUAUAAGUGUUUUAUGAGUAAUUAUUUAUGACAUGAUGAUGACGUUAUGACUUUGCAUUUAAAAUGUACUUUAGCUUCACUUAAUAAUUUUUGUACUUGCAACCUUUUUA